AUGACGGAAGAGGAGCAGGAGCGGAUGGUCCAAGAGGCGUCGUGGGCGGCGUUGGCGGCUCUCCUUGACGAAGAUAAGGAUGAGUUCUAUGAUGAGCCAUCACAGAUGGUCAUUGACCAUGCCGCGCCGGCCCAGACCCUCUCCGUCCCGCAACUCCCUCUCCCUCAGUUCAACCGGCCUCCACCUCCGCCAUGGAGGACGCGGUAGGAUGAAGAGGAGGUUGGCAUGGGCCCUCAAGAUCUCAGCCAACGAAAGAUCUUGAUACCAAGGGCCCAGGGAUCCCGACACAAUCCCAGCCAACCUCUUCCUCAACCAAGGCCGACUAAAUCUCAGUCGAAACGCUCUCGAUCCUCGUCGAUCGAUCAAGUUGCGCCUGAGCCCAAACGGGCUCAGUAUCAACCCAUCCAGAGUCUGUCGUCUGCGCCCGCCCAACCUUUGGCGGUCCCGCCCGUCACUCCUCAACCCGAGGGCGCAUCUCCCGCGCCAAGCAACACCAACAGUCAACGGCAGACUGUUGCCCCCAUAAUGAUGGGGGGGGCUCAUGCUCCCCGGGGGCAACCAACAGAAGAAAGCCGCCUUCAAGAAGAAGAAGCAGGCAAGAUCAAAGCCCAGCAGGAAGCUCGGAGAAACAGGAAGCCGAGCCUAUUUCACCAGACCAAGAAGCCAGCUACACCUGGCAGAUCCGCCCCCGCCACACCUCACCAGCAAACUCCGAACCACACCUCACCAUUACCAAUGCCACAUAUCAAAGACCCCGGCUUGAGAGCGGCUGCCGAAUCAGCCUUCGGCACGCCCGGGUCGGCCCAAAAGGAGGCCGGCCACAACAUCCCACACACCAUCCCAACCUAUCUACUAGACCAGGUCGCAGGCAGAGCGGCCGAGGACGAGGACGAUGAAUAA